CUUAGCGUGUAAAUCUGAAGAAAGACUGUUUCAAAAACUGUUCUCCCACUACAACCAUUAUAUCAGACCAGUGGAAAAUGUAUCUGACCCAGUUACAGUGUAUUUCGAAGUGGCAAUCACACAGCUUGCAAAUGUGGAUGAAGUCAAUCAGAUUAUGGAAACCAAUCUAUGGCUACGACAUAUAUGGAAUGAUUAUAAACUACGAUGGAAUCCAGCAGAAUUUGAUGGGAUCGAGUUUGUCCGAGUGCCAGCAGAUAAAAUCUGGAAACCUGAUAUUGUGUUAUACAACAAUGCUGUUGGAGAUUUUCAGGUGGAAAGCAGAACCAAAGCUCUUCUCAAAUACGAUGGCACUAUCACUUGGACGCCCCCUGCAAUCUUUAAAAGCUCCUGCCCUAUGGAUAUCACCUUCUUCCCCUUUGAUCACCAGAACUGUUCUCUAAAAUUUGGGUCAUGGACCUACGAUAAAGCUAAAAUUGACCUUCUCCUUGUUGGUUCCAAGGUGGAUAUGAACGACUUCUGGGAGAACAGCGAAUGGGAAAUAGUGGAUGCUUCAGGCUACAAGCAUGACAUCAAAUACAACUGCUGCGAGGAAAUCUAUACCGAUAUAACCUACUCUUUUUACAUCCGAAGGCUUCCCAUGUUUUACACAAUUAAUCUGAUCAUCCCGUGUCUGUUUCUUUCAUUCCUGACUGUGCUGGUCUUUUACCUUCCUUCUGACUGUGGAGAGAAAGUGACGCUGUGCAUCUCUGUCCUCCUUUCUUUGACAGUGUUCCUGCUGGUAAUCACAGAGACAAUCCCCUCUACUUCUCUGGUGAUCCCGCUGGUGGGAGAAUACCUGCUGUUCACCAUGAUAUUUGUGACCCUCUCGAUCGUCGUCACUGUGUUUGUGCUGAACAUCCACUACAGGAAUCCAACUACACACAUUAUGCCCACCUGGGUCAAAGCUGUCUUCCUCCGUCUUCUUCCCAAAAUUCUGAUGAUGAGAAGACCCCUGCAGAAGCACGAUGAAGCCAAAACGAAAAAAACCAAAAAGGGCAGUGCCGGUAAAUCCAGCAAGCCAAAGGCCAGUGAGUUUGGAGAAGUGAAAGUCUACAACGAACACAGGUGCUGUCACUGCGAGAAACCCAACGAACCGGCCACUGGCAAGAAAAAGAGACCAAGCCCCCAAUCUGCGAAAUGGGCACCUGAACAAGAAGAAUGCGCUCCAGAAGUCAAAGAUGUCAUUAACAGUGUGCAGUUCAUUGCUGACAACAUGAGGAGCCAGAAUGAGACGAAAGAGGUGGAGGAUGACUGGAAAUACGUAGCCAUGGUGAUUGACAGAGUAUUCUUGUGGGUGUUCAUAAUUCUCUGCGUGUUUGGGACUGCAGGAUUGUUCCUACAGCCCUUGAUAGCAGACACAUAAUGAGCUGUCGGUUCAAGUCGUGCUUUUGUUCGAUCGCAUAAAG